CGCGUGGGGGGGGCGCGGACUCCGUCAGCACGCGUGCGCGCUCUCGCGGUGCGGAUAGUCUGCGUGCGUGAGUGGGAGGUGGCAGGCCUCAGCCUCUGGCCUUCUCGUCUGACUGUUUCAGCUCGACGUCUCCAGCCAUGAACCGGUUUAGUACCCGGUUAAUGGGAGCCACCGCAACCCCGCCGCCUGCGCCGCCGAAAGCCCGCAGCAAUGAAAACCUGGACAAAAUUGAUAUGUCUUUGGAUGAUAUCAUCAAGUUGAAUCGAAAGGAAGGAAAGAAGCAGAAUUUCCCGAGAUUAAAUAGAAGACUUCAGCAAAGUAGUGCCAGGCAAUUCAGGAUGAGAGUAAGAUGGGGUAUUCAACAGAAUUCUGGUUUUGGUAAGAAUAGUCUGAGCCGUAGAGGAAGAGUGAUGCCUGGGAAGAGACGUCCUUAUGGAGUUAUCACUGGCCUUGCAGCUAGGAAAGCAACUGGAAUUCGAAAAGGAAUUAGUCCUAUGAAUCGACCACCUCUAAGUGACAAGAAUAUAGAACGAUAUUUUCCAGCAUUAAAAAGGAAGGCAAACCUUCUGAGACAAAAUGAAGUGCAGAGAAAACCAGUUGCAGCUCUCAAGAGACCUAACCAGUUAAAUAGAAAAAAUAACAUUCCAAAUAAUUUUACCAGGAGUGGAAAUAAAUUAAGUCAUCAGAAAGACACUCGUCAGGCAACUUUUCUUUUCAGAAGAGGCCUGAAGGUUCAGGCCCAGUUGAACUCAGAACAACUGCUAGACGAUGUAGUAGCAAAGAGAACUCGUCAAUGGCGAACUUCCACCACAAAUGGAGGAAUUUUGACUGUAUCCAUUGAUAAUCCAGGAGCAGUGCAGUGCCCAGUAACUCAGAAACCACGAUUAACGCGUACUGCUGUGCCCUCAUUCUUGACAAAACGGGAUCAAUCUGAUAUAAAGAAAGUUCCUAAAGGUGUCCCCCUACAAUUUGACAUAAACAGUGUUGGAAAACAGACAGGGAUGACUUUGAAUGAGCGAUUUGGGAUCCUGAAGGAACAAAGAGCCACUCUCACUUUCAACAAAGGAGGAAGCCGCUUUGUAACCGUGGGAUAGAUCCCAUGUCACAGGAACUUUUCAGUGAUGACUCUUAAAAAUUUAAUUGCUUGAAGAGUUCAUCACAGAAAUUCAAGAAACUUUAUUUCAAAAUAUUCACAAGGCUAAAUAACUCUUAUUUUUAUUUUUGAAGUUUUUUUUAAACAUGUAUAAAUAAUGCCCUGAAAGAAUAACAGGGAAUAUGCCUAUGUGUUCUUAAAGAUUUCAUGGUUGGCCCAGACAGAACAAUUCUCUAUUUGACUUUUUUGAUUCCUCAUGCAGCAGAAAGAAUGUGGAAAGAUAGAAAUUGAUUAUUUUAUGAUAGUGGUAUUUAGGAUCUCAUCACCUUUGCCCAUUUUUUACACCUUGCCAUUGUAAAUCUUGGUCUUCAAGAUUUGAAAUAGGUCCCUUUGUUGCUGUCACUUAUACUUUAAUAGUGUUGGUGUAAUAAGUGCAGUUGACUUUUCUGCAUUAGGGAUAUAAAAAAUUAUUAGAAUUUCAGUUUGGGGGUUUAAGAUUUAUGGGGAUAUCUGGAACUUGGUUCAUUUUUCAAAUAACAUUAGGUUAAUCCUCCAGAGUUGUAAAUCUUUAAUGCUGAACUUUUUUUUUAAUAAGAAAUGUGACUCCGGGCAUUAGCUUCUGUUUAAAAUGUUGGUGUUUAAAGGCUGUAAAUGGGUAUUUACAAAGUUAUCUGAUAGAGCCUAACUGGAGGAAAGUCCAGAGUAAAAAUCUGGUAAUUUGUGUGGAGAGAAAGUAGCAGGUGGAAGAUGGUAACUGAGAUGAAGACUUUAAAAGCUAGGUCAUAGGUAUACUGUUUGAAUUUAGUGUAGUUUUGAGUCUAGUGUGCACAAAGUAUUCUUCAGAUGAUAUUUGGAAUAAUUAUAAUUAAAAUGGAUUGAGUUCUGUAGAUAUUUUGAUAGGAAAAUUAGCCAUAAAGUCCUGGACUUCUUAUUUGAAAAUGUUAAAUUUUAAGUUUACUAAGUUGAACAGUAUACAUACAGCUCUUAAAAAAAUGUGUAUGUCACAAGAUAAAAGGUGCAAAAUUAUAAUAGAGUUAACAUUAUUAUGACCUUGUUCUGUACCUUUGCUUCUGAUUUCUUGUGUAAAGUUCAGGCAUUUGUGGUGAGAAAAGGAUUUCCCCCCCUCAUACUCUGGAGGGUUAGGAGGAGUUAAGUUGUUGUGCCAAGCUAGUGCUGAAAGUCCUCAGAUGGUUGUAAAUUUUAAGUUAUGAUAUAAUAGCAAAAUGCAGCAAAAUAUUCAAACUACAGGUUACGAGUUUGGUCAUUUUGAAGCUUAAAUUUUUGAUUUGCUGUAAUGUUAAAACCUCCAAGUAGGUGUUAGUUUUCCCUUCAGUGUAUUAUAUGUGUUGAUUUUCCCUGUUAAAACACAAAACAUUGUUAUGGCUCCUGCCUGCGUUGCAGGGUAUACUAGAUUUCAUUGUUGUUUCUCAUGGUCCUUUGGUUACUUGGUUUAUGCUAGCCACGGAAAGCUAUCAAUAACAGUUUCAUGCUUAUACCAAAGAAUUAAAUCUGAUCCUUAAUAUCUGGUAUUUUGCUUGUAAGUCUACUGAUAAGGGAUUAUUGGAAGCCAGUCAUACAAUUUGAAAGUAAACUCCAGUCUCUCUGUAGGCCAGGGACUCACUGCAAAACAUUUUUGCAAGUAUGAAUGCUUAGAUUUGAUUCAUGAACAAUACAUUUUAGACUGGUUUAGAAUUAUUGAUAACUUAUUUUCAAACAAAGGAAAAACAACUGAGCACGAGUUUGCUGUCUUUAGAGCAGUUUGUGAAAAUACGGUAUAAAGAUGUUUUCAUUUUCUUGUUCUUUUAAAUAUUAUUGUACAGAGCUAUUAUUAAUGCCUUCUUUUUAAAUCUUAAAAAUCCCUCCAAAUAUUGAUAUUAAGUGCAUCAAACAAAAUGUCUUUGGUAUAUUAAACUUUUGCUCUUCAUGCAUCUGUAAUUUCAUUUUCUUUUUAAAUAUAAAAUCUUGCCUUUGUUACAGCCAAAUUAUAAUUAUUGAGUGCUAACAUGUUGUAUAAAAACAAAGGAAUAUGCUCUUUUGGAGGAAAUUUUUCCUUUCUUAGAAUGUGGUUGUAGUCAUCCUUUUUCAGUUAUUAAAAGUUUUUUUUUUUUUUUUAAACAAGAUGCAACUUAAAUUUCCCUUUGCAUCAAGGUGUGUAAAAAACAUUGAUGCAGUGCAUCACAAAAUGAACGUUUGUAUUUAAUGAGGAGAUGCUUUACACUGUACUUUUUGGUGUUUUUUGGAAAAGUUACCUUUAGAUCUGAAGCUGUUCAUUUUUAACAAAUAAAAUAUUACAGGUC